AUGGCUGAUUGCAAGCUGUGUUCUACCCCGGUUGAUACAAAUCCCAAGGUGGCCGCAGCUGAUGGUGCUCCUGUUGACGAUGCUUCUGAUUUCCGCCGUCUUGGUGGAGCCUUACAUCAAGAUAUUGCCUAUGAUGUUCAGCAGGUCUGCCUCCACAUGCAUGAUCCACGAGCACCUCACCUGGCGGCUUUGAAGCGCAUUCUUCGCUAUGUCCGUGGCACCCUUCAUCUCGGCCUUCUGCUGCGACCAUAUUUCUUGACUAAUCUUGUGGUGUACACUGAUACUGAUUGGGCUGGUUGUCCAGUUACGCGCAAGUCCACCUCAGGCUAUGCUAUGUUUCUCGGUGACAACCUCAUCUCCUGGUCCUCCAAGCGUCAGAACACUAUCUCCAGAUCCAGAGCCGAGGCUAAGUAUCGCGCCAUGGCCAACGGUUUUGCUUUGGCUACGUGGUUGCGUCAGUUGCUGCACGAGCUCCACUCCCUUCUUCAGUAUUCACGGAGUUCAGGACCAAUCUGA